UUUUUCUCUCUCUUCUCUUCUCCCCUUGUUUUAGCAAUAGAAACUACUGAUUUUUCUGGCAUUGACUAUGCUGUGAAAACAAAGCUGACCUAGAACAACAAAUCGGUUUUUCUGGGGGUUUUUAUGCUGAGGAUGCUAGGUGUAGAUUUGGUGAUUCGGGAGGAUAAGUUGAAGCCAUGGGGUAGGAUUUUUUUCCUGAGAAAAUUGGAAUUUUGGUGAUUUUCGUGGGAAUUUUUCAGGAAUUGGUGUUUGUUUGAAGGCAUUUUUGUAAAAACGUGAACAGACAGAAAGAGCUGGUUGCUGGGUUUUACAUUAGAAUCCGAGAUGAAUUUGGGUGAAGAAUUUUCAAUUUCACAAGGAAAAGAAUUCCAGUUUAUAGGUUCUUGGACACCAGUAACCCCCCAAAAGCCGAUCCCUCCAGGAUCGAACCCGAUCCAAAUGAAUGAGCAUGGGAACCAGUUUGGACAAGAAAAUUGGCAGGAAUUUGCUGGAUUUCCUAAGGGAUAUUUUCAAGAUAUCCUAAAUAACAAUGAAGUUACUCAAAAUUUCAACCAGGACCGACAUUUUGGCAGUCUAAAUUUGCCAAAGAAUAACAGAAUGAUCAAUAACAUUGCAGGUUCUUAUAGACAGGUUCUUCAGAAUGGAAGCACGGAAUGGAGAAAUCAUACCUGGGAAAGUCUUCUGACAACCGGAAAUGCCACAAAUGGUUUUGCCUCUGCAAACCAAACUGCAAGCAUAGGCAGCAGGAACACAGUGUCAAUCCCGAAUUUGCAUUCUCGAGAAGAUAGCUGGAGACAUUCUAGCUCACAUCAAUCCUCAAGUUCAGACUUCAUAAGCAAUAUCAACAACUUCCUCCAGAGCCACAAUGUAAGUUGUUAA